AUGACAAUGUCCUCUCAAGAGCUGUUCUUUGCUUCUGCUCGUAAAUGUUUGUCUGUUGGGAAAAAAUCCCUCUCUUUACCUCUUAGUUUGGACCUGGCUGCUCAGGUUUUGGCCAUUGACUUGGGCUUGAAACCAGCAUUGCUAUACGACAGUAAUGGUGCCAGCGCAACCCAAGUACAACAGUAUUUGAACUCACUGCAGUCCGCUCAGCUUGUUUCAGAGUCUCUCCACACUUUAGUUAUAAGUGGCAAUGCUCUCAUUAUUAAUCGAGCGAUUGUAAUGACCAACUUAGAGCAGAUGCUUCUUGGAAGCAAUGUGGGGGUGAUCAAUGUCUGCCACACACUGGAAAAACCUAUCAUCGCCGACCUGCUGAAUAAAGAUUUAAGAAGCAUGACACAAGAUUUACUGGUUAUUUUAAGAGAACAUGUAGAACUGCAAGAGACGGAGAAGCCUCUUUAUAUCGGGGACAAAUCUGAGCCGUGGAACUUGUGCACCCUCUUUGGGAUUUUGUUGGGAUACCCGGUCACCUACUGGUUUGAUCAGAACAAGAGCUUUGAGAACUGCCUUGCAAUGACACCGCUGAUGGUUACUAAAGCUUGGGCAACGUGGCAAGCGGACGCUGAAGGACACAGAUGUUGUCUUUACUCCUUUAGUAUCCCAGCUAGUCUGCAUAAAGACACUCAGUCUACUGUGGCAUAUUGGGACAAUCGACUUAAAGAGAGAUUUCACAGACAAACUGUCUUAAGUAAUCUCACUGUUUGCCAAUCAGUGGUCACUUUGCCCUCAGUCUGUUUGUGACUUGUCAACAUCAUCUUCAAUGAAU